CAUCAUGAAUUUCCCAAAGAUUAUCGCAAUGGUUACAGAUUAUUCGAUUAUGAUCCUUCUAAAUGGUUAAUCUGGUUUUUCCAUACUUGCACUAAUCAAGUACCAUACGUCAUCAGAGUCCCAGAGAAUGAAAUUCGAAAGGCUCGUUCAAACAUGAAAUUGCUUGAAGCUCAACGUGAACGUGAAGGAUGCGACUGGGGUGUUGAUCCAGAAACUCUUCCUACCAUGACUUAUGAUGAAUUUAAAGAAAAAGUAAAAAAUGAAGGAAAAGAAUGGUUGUUAAUUGAUGAUUUUGCAUUAAAUGUUGAAAGUUUCAAACCUUUACAUCCUGGUGGAUCUAAAUUAUUAGAAUCUUAUUACGGAAAAGAUGCUACAAGAGCUUUCCAUGGUGGGUUAAAUAAUCAUACAAAGGCUGCGAAAACUAUGUUGGCUAUGUAUAAGGUUGCCAAGAUUAGUAAAAGUGAAACUGAGUUGUAA